AUCGCGAAAUUUUAGAUAUCGUGGAUAGCAUGGAGAAAAAUGAUGUAUAUAUUUUGGGUGACUGUCAUUGGAUAUUCGAUCGUCAUGCUGAUCCUCGUUUACACCUACCAAUUUGAUAAUUUCCCAAAAUAUUGGGAACGUAUCGGUGUCGAUAAAGAUUUACAAAUGGACAUUGGAUUAGAGAAGUACGCGACCAAAGACCUAUUCGUGAGAUUGUUGACACCAACGUUUUUCGUUAUCAUUACAGUACUUCAAAUUCAUUAUUUCCAUAAGGAUUUUCUCCAAGUCACAAAUAUCGAUAGAUUAGGGCCUGAGAGCUCGUUUAGACGCGCCAGCCUAGGAUAUUCUCCUAGCUUAAAUAUUCCAGUAUCUUCACCAACUGAUGUUACACUCACCGAGAACGAGAAACAUACGAUAUACACACUGAAGCAAUUAAAAC